UUUCUCGCCGCGCGCUCCUCCCCGCGAGCACUCAGGCAAAGUGUAAAAAUGGCGUCCAUCAUGGAGGGGCCGCUGAGCAAAUGGACUAACGUCAUGAAGGGGUGGCAGUACCGCUGGUUCGUACUGGACUAUAACGCCGGGUUGCUCUCAUACUAUACUUCCAAGGACAAGAUGAUGCGUGGCUCUAGAAGAGGCUGUGUGCGACUUCGGGGAGCUGUGAUUGGAAUCGAUGACGAGGACGACAGCACUUUCACCAUUACCGUGGACCAGAAGACUUUCCAUUUUCAGGCCCGUGACGCAGACGAGCGGGAGAAGUGGAUUCAUGCCUUAGAGGGGACGAUUCUUCGCCACUCCCUUCAGCGGGAGGCAGAAACAGGAUUCGUUCCCAGCGUUCAGGACUUCGACAAGAAGCUAGCUGAAGCUGAUGCGUAUUUGCAGAUUUUGAUCGACCAGUUAAAACUCUUCGAUGAAAAAAUUAAAGACAGCAAGGAAGAUGAGUCACGCAGAAAAAUCGAGAACCUGAAGGACACGACUUGUAGUAUGGUAGAAUCCAUCAAGCACUGUAUCGUACUACUACAGAUUGCCAAGGAUCAAAGUAACGAACAGCAACACUCAAACGGACUGAUAAGCACCAUAAACCCAGUGGAUGGGGUAUUCCAGCCUAGCCCUCUCAACACUUCUGUAGUCAGUGCCAGUGCCAUGCCAACGCAGACCACUCUACCCACAGAUGGAGCUCAGGUGUGUAAAACGGAACAGAGGCCUUCUUCUUUACCUGUGGGCCCUGUUGUUACGGUGAUGGGCAGCCUUCAGACCCCCACUCCCAACAGCACAGGGAGUGGUCCUUCAGCUCCCAGCAGCAGCGUGACUUCACCCAGUCACAUGAACGUACCGCCCCACACUGUCCCUGACUUCUCCUAUUCCAGCAGUGAAGAUGAGUUUUACGAUGCAGAUGAGUUUUAUCAGAGCAGCACCUCACCAAAACACUGCAUAGAUCCGAACAGAACCGCUGCUGUGAACAAUGAAGACAGCACAGUCCUGAAACGGCCAGACACCAACGAAUCAAUCAACUCCUCCAUGUCAAACGGCACCACUGAUGCAGAUCAGUUUGACAGUCAUGAUGAGAGAGAUGAUGACGGUGAAGGUGAAUCUGUGGAAGAACACAAAAGUGUCAUCAUGCAUCUGCUGUCUCAAGUGCGACUGGGCAUGGAUCUCACCAAGGUUGUCUUGCCGACAUUUAUCUUGGAGCGGAGGUCGUUGCUGGAAAUGUAUGCAGAUUUCUUUGCACACCCAGAUUUGUUUGUAAGUAUUGCAGAGCAGCAGGAUCCAAGGGACCGCAUGGUACAUGUGGUAAAGUGGUACCUCUCAGCCUUUCACGCUGGUCGGAAAGGAUCUGUGGCCAAGAAGCCCUACAACCCCAUUCUGGGCGAGGUGUUCUUCUGUCACUGGGACCUGCCUUCCGAAACAGAGGAUCUUGCUGCUUCUGAGUCUGUAUCAGAUGGGCCAGUGCCGUGGAGUAGCAAAAACAGUGUGUCAUUUGUGGCAGAGCAGGUUUCUCACCACCCUCCUAUAUCUGCGUUUUAUGCUGAGUGUUUCAGCAGAAAAAUCCAGUUCAACGCCCACAUCUGGACGAAAUCAAAGUUCCUUGGAAUGUCAAUUGGUGUUCAUAAUAUUGGUCAAGGUUGUGUGUCUUGUCUUGAAUAUGAUGAGCACUAUAUUCUUACAUUUCCCAAUGGCUACGGAAGGUCAAUCCUCACUGUUCCAUGGGUUGAGCUGGGUGGAGAGUGCAAUAUUUCCUGUUCCAAAUCUGGCUACAGUGCCAAUAUAGUUUUCCACACCAAACCAUUCUAUGGAGGAAAGAAGCACAGGAUAACUGCUGAGAUAUUUGCUCCCAAUGAUAAGAAGUCAUUCUGCUCCAUAGAGGGAGAGUGGAAUGGUGUCAUGUAUUCAAAAUUGGCUACCGGGGAAAAUGCAGUAUUCAUUGACACGAAGAAAAUGGGCAUUAUUAAGAAGAAAGUGCGGAAAUUGGAGGACCAGGUGGAAUAUGAAUCCAGAAGUUUGUGGAAGGACGUGACCGUGAACCUGAAACUGAAGGACAUUGAUGCUGCGACGGAUGCCAAACACAGCCUGGAGGAGAAACAGAGGGCGGAGGCAAGAGAAAGGAAGGAGAAGGAAAUGCAAUGGGAGACGAGACUGUUUCAUGAGGACGGUGAAUGCUGGGUCUAUGACAAGCCUCUUCUGAAGCGACUAGCAUCACAACGGCACUGAGGCCGUUUCCAAAACCACAGAGUCUAGAAAACAGAACUCUCUUGCAAACCACUUUUCUUAUUCAGCCUUGGAAUGACAGAUGAAUGAACCCUUACAGCUUUGCAUUUUCAAAGUUUGAACGAAUGAUAAGAAGAAAACACAAACUUAAUCUAUACAAAUAUAAAAAAACUUCCUGCUCACUAGUUCAACACCUCCACCUCUCUAUCACCCUUUGAGGAAGAAAAAAACGCCACAAACACACAGAAGACGUGAUCAGAAGCCCUUUAGCAUCACAAAUCAAACAAGCGCUCUUGUCUCGGCAAAAGAAGAACGAUCCCAGCGGACGUCUCUCUCUCUUUCUCCCACUCCAGAGGGGUUGAGGUGUUUUUAUCGAACAAACUCUGAAAACUACAGCGUUCUGUAUCUCAGGGAAGCAGCGGACUGAGGAUUGAAGGCUGUAUCUUAAUGUUCGAAAAGCCUUAACGGUGGAACCACAAAGUAAAGAAAAUGAGGACUUGGUUCACAUACUGCUAGCUACAGCUAUUUAUAUAUAUAGAAGAUAUGAUAUAUUCUUGUUUUCCUUUUAUCUUCUUUCUCUAGGGCAAUAGUAACCGUUUGAAUAUACGUACUUGACGGCAGCCAUUCCCUUUAUGUUCCACUCCAUCAUCAGCCUUUCAUGCUACAAAAGCCACAAUAAGAAAAUGUACCACUUACAUUACGGGGCUGAAAUUUGAGACAACUUUGCCAUGGUUGUAAUCCAUUCCAAAUAUUUUUUUUUUGUUAAUUUUUUUUUUUGGGGGAUGAUUUGAUAUGCUCUAGAGCCUCGGGGAGGCUGUUUUUUUUGUUUUGUUUUUUUUUUAUAUAGAAUGCUGCUUGUGUCUCCACAUAAUUUAUCAACUUAGUAUAAAAUUGGACUGUCCAGUAAGAAAUCGUAAUGGUGCACAAUAAAACCAUUUGACAAAUCUGUGCUUAUCCCGCUGAGGUCAAGCAACGUUAUCACAAAUUGCCCUGCAAUCUCUCUUUCUGUGAAAUGUCACAUUUUAAUCAAAAUAAAUAUACGUUUCAUAUAGUCAGGCAUCAGAAAGAUUUGAUUCUCUUCGUGAAGGUAAAAGUAACAGUUUGUAGAUGCAUGGAGUCACUCAGGUCAGUGUUUUCUCCCGGAAUGACGGCUAUACCUUGUGUAACAUUAUCAACAAGCAAAAUCAAAUUGUAUUAUCCUUUUCUUUUCUGAGAUGCAAUUAGAGCAAAACUGGCAAAACAUUAUUACUGCUAUAGCUUAAAGAAAGCCACUUGCUCUUCAUAUUCUUUAGUGAAUUGGAGGCCUUAUGAAAUAAAGUUUACUUUCGCCUAGUAUUGCUUUUCAGAAGCAAUCCCAAACUAUUUUUUCUUUGCCUGACAACAGUUGAUUGUACCAGAUUCCAUGUAUCAAAAUAUAAUAUUAAAUCUCAGUGAGACCAA